GCAGAGAAAGGAGAGCUCCGUGUAUUUGUAUCCUAAACAGUAAUGUCAUCUAAAAGAUAGGUUGUCUCAGCCAACCAGCCUAGAGCAGCAGCAAGUCCUACAUCUUGGCACUCUAAAGCUAUUGGUUCCCCUCUGGGGAGUGGAGAGUUAUUAAUGACCACUGAGCAGGCAGCACCAUGUCAUUGUGACAACUGAUCGGGUGAAUGAUGCACCACUAACCACCAUGGAAACGAAAAGAAAGAAGAAGAAAAGCUAGAAGCCUCUCAGUCUCUCUCCCUCCCUCCCUCCCUCUCUCCCUUCCACCUCCUUCCCUGGAUUGUGAGCUUCUGAAAGCCAGUACAGAGCUCUGGAAAAAAGUACAGGAAAUUAGCAGGCUAAACAGAGAUUCUCUCCUCUUAUAGGAUAUAGAGACCGCACUAAUAUUAUCUGUGCAGAUACCGACUCAGCUUCCUAGCUUUAAAUCAAUAUGUGGCUACCUGAAUUAAGGAAUAAAAUAUGCACGAGUAUUCCAGGACUAAAUUUACUUUUGUAGGGUUAUUUUCCCCAAACAAACAAAAAUGAAAAAAGAUGUAAUGGAAUUUAAAAUGAUUCCAGUUAUAUAAACAAGCUACUUCCUUUGAUAUCUCCUUCUGGAUAUAUUUGAUUUAAAGAAUCUAUUCAUGUGAUUAUGUCUCUUUAAAUUGAGACAUAGUGAUUAUAAAGAUUUCCAAAAAGCAAAGGAACAUUGUGUUUUUGCAGCAUGCACUAUUUGACAAAUUCAAGUGACUGUCUUAUCAAAUAACCAACCCUUACUGUACAUAAAUCUGUACAAUUUAUUUUCUGAAAUCCGGAGCUAAGAUGAAGGACAUGUCAGUCAAAAUUUACUUUUUACUUGGCCUAACUAUCACUGCUCCAGUACAAGCUCUGGAUAAGAAAAUAGACUGCCCACAGUCAUGUUCCUGCGAGAUACGACCGUGGUUUACUCCUAGGUCAAUAUACAUGGAGGCAUCAACAGUAGACUGCAGUGAUUUAGGUCUUUCUUCUUUUCCACCUCAACUUCCUGUUAAUACACAGGUACUACUUCUACAAGCAAACUGUAUUAAAAAAAUUGAAUACCCUCGAGAAUUUCCUGUAAACCUUACUGGUUUGGAUUUAUCCCAGAACAGUUUAUCCACAGUGGCUACUAUCAAAUUUCAGAAGAUAACUCAACUUCUUUCAGUAUAUCUAGAGGAAAACAAACUUAUAGAAUUGCCUGACAGAUGUUUCUUUGGACUUAAUAAUCUCCAAGAGCUUUACAUUAAUCACAAUCUACUUUCUACAAUUGCAUCAGAGGCUUUCACAGGCCUCGAUAACCUUCUUAGGCUUCAUCUCAAUUCAAACAAUCUGCAAAUAAUUAACAGCAAAUGGUUUGAAGCUAUUCCUACGCUGGAGGUUCUUAUGAUUGGAGAAAAUCCGAUAAGCAGAAUUGAAGAUAUGAACUUUAAACCCCUUAUAAAUCUGAGGAGCCUGGUUUUAGCAGGCAUAAAUCUCAGAGAAAUACCAGAUAAUGCCUUGGAUGGUCUUGACAAUUUAGAAAGCAUCUCUUUUUAUGACAACAGAUUAAUUAAAGUGCCCCACAAAGCCCUUCAAAAGGCUACAAAUCUUAAAUUUUUGGAUCUAAACAAAAACCCCAUUAACAGAAUACAAAGAGGGGAUUUUAGCAAUAUGAUACACCUGAAAGAAUUGGGAAUUAAUAAUAUGCCUGAACUGAUAUCUAUAGAUAACCUCGCUGUUGAAAAUUUGCCAGAUUUGAGGAAAAUAGAAGCAACCAAUAAUCCGAGAUUAUCGUAUAUACACCCUAAUGCAUUCUAUCGCCUUCCACGGCUAGAAUCACUCAUGCUCAAUAGCAAUGCACUGAGUGCCCUGUAUCACAGUACAAUUGAAUCUUUGCCCAAUCUCAAAGAAAUUAGCAUACAUAGCAACCCAAUGCAUUGUGAUUGUGUCAUUCGAUGGAUUAAUAUGAAUAAAACGAACAUUAGAUUCAUGGAGCCAGAGUCACUAUUUUGUGUAGAUCCUCCUGAAUUCCAAGGCCAGAAUAUCAGGAUGGUUCAUUUCAGGGAGAUGAUGGAAAUUUGUCUUCCACUGAUAGCCCCAGAAAGUUUUCCUGUAAAUUUAAAUUUAGAAACAGGUAGCUAUGUUUCCUUACAUUGUCGAGCUACUGCUGUUCCAGAACCUGAAGUAUAUUGGAUUACCCCAUCAGGACAUAAGAUUUUACCCAAUACUGUUUCUCUUAAAUAUUAUGUACAUUCAGAAGGAACAUUAGAGAUAAGUGAUAUAACACAAAAAGAAAGUGGCCUAUACACAUGUAUAGCAACUAAUUUAGUUGGUGCAGAUUUAAAAUCCAUUAUGAUUAAUGUGGAUGGUUCUUUUCUCCAGAAGAAUCACAAAUCUUUCUCUAUAACGGUAGAAGAAGUACGCUACAAUUCCAUAUUAGUAUCCUGGAAAACAAAUUCUAAAAUUGUGAAAUCUAACAUUAGGUGGACUGCCUUUCCAAAAGAUGGAAACUCCCUGAUCUCUCAGAGUUUUCGAAUUCCAUCACACCAAAAGGUCUAUAAUUUUACUCAUCUCACCUCAUCAAUGGAAUAUAAAAUUUGUAUAGACAUCCCUACUAUCCGCCUUCAGAAUGCAAGACAGUGCAUCAAUGUUACAACAAAAGAAUUGGAUUUGGCAAUGAGAAAUUGUGAGAACAGCAUCAACAGCACUAUAGUUUUCUGCCUUGGUUUUCUUUUAGGAUUCUCUUGUGUUGCUGCUCUCCUCAGCUGCAUCUGUCAUGAAAUGAACUGUAAUGCAGGACACAGAUUUUUCAGGAAUUAUGUGAAGAAACAAUUCUUUUCUUUCAGUGAACUUUAUCCUCCUUUAAUCAGUUAUUGGGAUGCUGAUAAAGAGAAAAGCACAGUCCUCAAAGUGCAGGCCACAGUUGUAGAGGUUCCAACAAACAUGUCAUGAAAGUAAAGGUUAUUGGACUUGUUGCUUUAGGGUGGCAGUAUCAAGACUCUCUUCUAUUGUGCUCAGUUAAAAGGUGAAAAAGGAUUCCUUUAUGGAAACUUAGUGAUUACAAAUGGUGGUUACAAAUACAAAUAUUUACUGGUAUAGUAUUUUUUUUAUAAAGGAAACACCUGUGUUUGGAAGUUCUAUACCAACCAAACUGUUUUCUAAGACUUUAUAUGAGAUUUCUUAAGAACUUCUAAGAGGUACUUAAUGCUGUCUAAACAAAUAGAUAAGAUUUUUUUCUGUAUUUGUUGUUUUUUAAUUAAAUGUAUAAUAGUGGAACUAAAUAAGGCCCUCCUCCUGUGUUAUAUGAUACACUUAGAUGAGUUUUGCAUAAACGAAUAAAACUAGAAUUGACCUAUAGUGUAAUAAAAUGAACAAAUUCUGUAGAGUAGACACGGUAAAUAUGUGAAACUUUUUUAUCAUGAAAAAUACAACUUUUGAUUACAAUCAAAACAGCUUCAGUAUUUUUCUUUCUAAAGACAUUAAUCUGGAAUAUAUGUAUCUCCAAUACAUAUUUUAAUUUCUAAUAGAGAUAUGUUUCUGAAAAAAUGCACAUGUGAUUUUUGAAAGCUUGUUUGAAUUGUGCAGUUGCAAUACGAUCCUAAAUAUUCCUACAUAACUUUGGACUAGGCAAAUCAAUUUUCACAAAAUAACACGAUAAUAAUGUCCUUGGAAUGAGAUUUAAUUUAUAAAAGGCAUGCAGUAAUUUAUGAACUACUCUUUUCAUGUACGUAAAAUUAAUUGCACAGUGUCCUAAUUAUAUGGAUCUUUACCCAAAAAUGAAAUCACUACAUUCAAUUAGAUUUGUUCUUUUAAGAGAGCAAUUUCACAGCCUGGUUGGUUGCAUCAUAAAGUUCUAAUAUAUCUAAAAAGUUGCUGGCAAUCUACCAGUGUAGAAAAGGGUGGAAAUGCUGCUUCUUUUGUUAAAGACAAUAAGAAGGAAAUGAAUUUUAGGUCAGAUGAUCAUUUCUCCAGUUUAAAAUCAUAUGAGAUUGAAUAAAGUCAGCAGUCAGAAAGAAGAAAAAGAGGUAAAAAUGAAAACACGUAAAGCUACAAAAUGGAUCAAGGUAGAAAAUUGACCUUCCGAGAAAGCAAAGAUCCUGUUGAUCCAUGAAGAAACAGUCAGGAGAUGUUUGCGACAACUGAAACACACACACACACCAGUUUAAGAAAAGCUGCCACCACAAAGCAUCGCACAGUGUAAUUACACAGCAGGCGCAGGCUCUCCUAUUGGGACCCUUUGGUUACCCCCACCCCACGAUGGACCAAAGAAAGAAGUCUUUAAAAAUUUUCUACUGCCAAGCAAAAUUUUACUCCUGAGAUGUCUUUUUUCUCAGAUUGGCUCAGGUUUGGCUGUAAAUAUGUGGAUGAUCAUUAGAUGGCAGCAAAAAGAGGCAGUAAAAUCUAAAUCUUUGCUGCCAUCAAGUGCAUGUGAUCUAACAUUUAUUGUUGAUAGUUCUAAGAUCAGCAUUCCUUCACUUUGCAAUUUAUUAGACUUCUUUUACCUGCCAUCUAUAUGUCCUAAUUUUACGAUCUCAGCUGGUGAUUAUAUUACAAAGGGGAAAAUAUACAUCUUAAAAGUAUUACCUAUAUCAAUAGAUACUCCCUGUUCUGUGUCAGGAUUUUCAGAAGUAAAUUGCUGUUUACCCAGUUUACACUUCAGAUUUUCCACUAAAUAAGAAUCUUUCGAAAGAGAAUUUCAUUAAGCACAAAAAGGUUUAAGUUUCAAUGACCAUCAAUGAGAAACUGAUG